UUCCAAUACGGCGUCGUACCAUACAGAGUUACAGCACACUCGAAGGUGAAGGCGUAUUGAUCUUCUUCCUCGAUCUCGCUGUUGGGUUUUUAGGGUUUAUCUCUCUCUCUCUCUCUGUACUGUAUAAUCAUGGUGUCUCUGGGGAAGCUACAGCUCAAUCAACAGCCUGUUCACCUCUCUCUCACUCAAUUCUCUUCAUCAAUCCCCCAAAAUCCUUCGUCGCUUUCCUUCCGAUCCUUACGCCGAUCAGAUUCGUCCUUCAAAUGCGCUACCAUCAGAGCUUCGUCAUCGAAAUCUCAAGACUCGACACUCCCAGUCUUGCAAUCACUACCUUCCCGUCUCCUCAAAUCCACCUGCAUCACCUUCACCGCUGCAGCGGCGCUGUUCUUCGCGAAUCUCCAGCUCAGACCUCCGCCGGCGAUUGCAGCUCCUCUCGCGGCGACGCCCUCAGUGGGAUCUCUUAAACAGAAAAGCGGAGACCUUUCGUUUGAAGAAGAAGAGAGAUCGAUAGAAGAGCAUCUCGCUUCUCACCCUGAAGACGUGGAAGCUCUACGUUCGUUGAUGGAGGUAAGGAUCAAAUCUCGGAAGCUUAUAGAAGCAAUAGAGGUGAUCGAUCGUUUGAUAGAAUUGGAACCAGAGGAAAAAGAGUGGCCAGUUUUGAAAGCCAAUAUCUUUAGUCACAGUGGAGAUUUAGAGUCUGCCAAAAGUGGAUUUGAAGAGAUUAUAGCCAAGGAUCCGCUUCGCGUCGAAGCCUAUCACGGACUGGUUAUGGCUUGUUCCGAUUCAGGUGAUGAUUUGAUUGCGGUGGAGAAGAGAAUUCAGGAGGCAAUGGAGAGGUGCAAGAAAGAGAAGAAUCGUAAGGACCUUAGGGAUUUUAAGCUUCUUGUGGCGCAGAUUCGGGUCAUUGAGGGGAAGCAUAACGAAGCACUGAAGCUGUAUCAGGAGCUAGUGAAGGAAGAACCGAGAGAUUUCAGGCCGUAUCUGUGUCAAGGGAUUAUAUACACGGUGCUCAAGAAGCAAGAAGAGGCGGAGAAACAGUUUGAGAAGUUCAGGAAACUUGUCCCAAGGAAUCAUCCUUACAGGGAGUAUUUUAUGGAUAAUAUGGUUGCUACGAAGCUCUUUGCGGAGAAGGUGCAGCGAGAGAUGUCUGGAUCAAAGAGUUGAAUGGGCAAUGGUAAUGAGAAGAAGAAUGUUUGGUACUUGGCAGGCUUGAAUGUGACUUUGUUGGUUGUGUUGCAGGCUUUUCUUGGUGAUUUAGAUGUUUGUAGAACGUAGUUGAGCAUGAAUUGUUUGCCAAGAUCUUGUGUCGAUGCAUGAAUUGAAUACUAAAUGUGGAAGCUUGGAAUUUCUUGCAGUGUUUUCUUUAGAUGUGUAUGCAUUAUGAGCUAUUGUCAUGUUGAGAUUGUUGUUUGAGUGGUGGUAAUGAUCUCCUAUGGUUCUCUA